AUGGUGGCUGGGAAGGUGAGAGUGGCCAUGGGGCUGCAGAAGUCGCCAGCGCGUUCGGCGCAAGAAAUGCUACCGAAAUCGCCAUUGCCAUCGCCGAGCUUGGGGAAGGUCCAGCCUCGACCACCUGACGUCACGGAGCUUCUUCGCCUGGUCGAGGAACUCCGGGAGAGAGAGUCUCUGUUGAAGACUGAGCUCCUCGAGUACAAGCUUUUGAAGGAGUUCGUCGCCAUUGUUCCUGUCCUCGAGAACGAGAUCUCCGUCAAGGAUGAUGAGCUCCACAGAGUUUCGAAGCGAGUCGAGUGCUUGGAGAUUGAGAACCAGACGUUGAGAAUGAAACUGGAGGGUCUGAAGACGAAGAUGGAUAAUCAGAGGACAGAAAGCGAGGAAAAAGUCAAGGCAAUGGAGGCCGAGAUUUCAGAACUGAAGAGAACAGCUUCGGAUUGCUACAGAGCGGAGCUCAUCCUAGACAGCGACGAGCUUUCAUCUUCCCAGAGGUUUCAAGGCCGAAUGGAGGUCUCCAUUAAAUCAAAUCUCAUCAAGAACUUGAAGAAGGGGACAAAAUGUACGGAGAGCGGUUCGAUUUUUGAGAACCAGAAGCUUGAAGGACCGGAUUCGAAAAAAGAGGAUACCAAAAAUGAGAGGCCGAGGCACUCGAGGUGCAACUCGGAGGACCUUACCGGUGUUCUCAGGUUACCGGUGUGUGCAGAUGAGAGAGGAGUUCGGAGAAGUUCUGAAAUUACACUAUUUCUUUUCGUAAUACGUAGUGAGUUGUAA